UCUUCGCCUGGCGCGCGCGUCCGCCCCACCCCGCAAGAAAGCGUCGCGACGCUCAAGUUUUCCACCAAGAAGUUAGUCGUCGUCCGCCCGCGUCUCAAGAAGGUCUCGUUUCCGCUUUCCACGGGACUUGCGCUUUUCCGGGGGUGACUAGGCCGCGAAAAAUUAAAUAAAUUUUAAACCGCGAUAACUUUUUGCGUAAAUAUUUUUCGGACGCGCCGCGCUAAAAGAGAUUGUUGUAUUGCAGAUCCGAAGACAUCGUCGGAGUACGAAAAAAGUGUAAAUAAAAGAACCGCGAGCGAUCGCAUGUCCUCGUUGUGACGAUACGUCCGAAACUGGAAUUAAUGUUGAAAUACUUCAAUGAAAACAUAUCCCUAGCGCUGCAGGAGAGGUACAGGGACCUCCAUGAGUAUCGGAAGACGGAAGCGGUAGAGGAGGGCUCACCGAGGGAGGCUAAAGUACCAAAAAUAGCUGAGGAAGGCGAGCAGGUCGGCGGCGAGGGCGCGUUUGAGCCGAGCGCCGCGCCGCCGUUCCCUAGACUGCUGGAUCCUCCCAAGGAGGAGGAUAACUUCGUAGCGAGCUGGCUUCAGAACUCCUUCAAGAUGACAGCCGCCGAAGGAAACAACGAGGCUUCCGCUGGAGGCAGCGCGCUGGACCUCCGCGCUGCCCCUCUAUCUCUCCACAUACCAACGCUGCAGCAGGCGGCUGAGGCACAGAGGCAGUUCAAGAUGCAGGACUUCUGGAAUAGAAGCCGGCCAGGCUCUCCCAGCCAGGACCAGCUGGGGGAGGGCCACAGCCAGCCAGGGCCGGCUCCUCCAACUCCUCAGCCACCAGCAACACCUGAUCACAAGAUUAUGACCGAGAAGCUGGUGAAUGAAAUCCAGCAGCAACAACAGUCACCAUCAGCCGACUCCACAAUGAGCGAGCGGUCCCUCGUACCAUUUGCGCUGGUAAAUUUACUAUCAACACUCAAUAAUAUCGAUCCACAACAGCAAUCACCAACUGGAGAAACACCGCUCGGGGAUCGCAACGCAAUGUUACCCUUCGCUCUGGUAAAUGUCCUGAAUAGCCUGAAUAUCGAUCAACAAGCGCGGUCAGGGCAGACUAUCAGUGAGAGAACCCUCGAGGAGUGCUGGUCGACACUUCAGCGAAUAUUCAUGCACAAAAACGCAAUGCAGAUGCAUGCACGGGAACUGCAACGAGGACUCGGAGGCGAAGUGAAACCUCAUCAAUGUCAGCAGUGCCUGAAGUCAUUUAGCUCCAAUCACCAGCUGGUACAGCAUAUCAGGGUCCACACAGGAGAAAAGCCUUAUAAAUGCUCCUAUUGUGACCGAAGAUUCAAACAACUGAGCCAUGUGCAACAACACACACGAUUACAUACAGGGGAACGCCCAUACAAAUGCCAUCUCCCUGACUGUGGCCGAGCCUUUAUCCAACUUUCAAACCUUCAACAACAUCUACGGAAUCAUGACGCUCAAGUGGAAAGGGCCAAAAAUAGACCUUUUCAUUGCAAUAUUUGUGGGAAAGGUUUUGCCACUGAAAGCAGUUUGAGAACCCACACGGCAAAGGAGCUUCAGCUGCACCUUGGUGUUUUGCAGCAACACGCGGCACUCAUGAUAGGUGGCGCUACAGCCACUCCGUGCCCAAUAUGCCACAAAGUAGUAUUCGGUGGCGAAGCUCUCGUAGAACAUAUGAAGAACACACACAAGGACCCAAAUGCAUCCGGCGUUGCGAGCCCACCGGCUACGUCACCGUACCCAGCGCAAGCUAAACCUGUUGAUCCUUACAUAGCGAAGCGACGGACUGCGAACCACCCCUGCCCAGUCUGCGGCAAGCACUACGUGAACGAGGGUUCCCUGCGGAAGCACCUGGCUUGCCACCCAGAAACCCAACUGACCAGUGGACUCAGAAUGUGGCCUUGCUCUGUUUGUCAGGCUGUGUUUACGCAUGAAAGUGGCCUCCUCUCCCACAUGGAACAUAUGAGAAUGGAACCGAAACAUCAGUUCGCUGCCCAAUACGUACUAUCUAGGGCAGCAGCCGAGAGACGAGAGAGGGACAUCAUCGCCGCCGUCUCGGCAUCAGCUGGAGGAUCAGGCCUCUUGAACCUCGCCCCUCCCUCUCCAGCUCACUCAGACUCAUCCUCGAAUGGACGACUGUCAUCCUCUGCCGGUUCAGAAGCAGGGGCUGCAGUCAACAAACUCACGGACCUUCUAAGAUCAGCCAAUAAUGGACACCAAGCAUACGGAGACGAAAGAGUCGCAGCCAUAGCCGCGGCCGCCGCCAACAUGAUGGCGCAGCCUGGCGAGGGUGCUAGUGCCGUGCAGGUAGCUGCUGCCAACCUGGUAUCCGCGAUGAGGCAGCAAUUGGCCAGAGAACCACCACCAGCUCAACCUCCUGCAGAAACACCGCCAGCACCUUCAGAAGCCGCAUUGAGAAUUCAGCAAGCAGAGGCCUUACUACGAAGUCAGGCUGAAGCGCUUCGACUUGCCGUCUCCCAAGCAGCUGCAGCACACGGUAACGAUGCUGCAAGUCCUUUAAGACACAACGGAGGCUUCCCUCCACAACCACCGAAUGAUGCUAGUGGACAAAUUUCACCAGAAUUAGUAGAAGCGUUUAGAAUUGCACAAGAGCAGCGGUUAGAGCAGGCGCUGAGAUUGCAUGAUCCCAGAAUGCUAGGGUUUAACUUGCCAUCACCAGUGCAGCAGGCAGCGCAACAGGCGGCGCAGCAAGCAGCCCAACAGGCAGUGGCCGCACAGCAGGCCGCCGCUCAGCAAGCUGCCCAGCAGGCUGCCCAGCAAGUGGCCCAGCAGGCUGCCCAGGCCGCCCAGCAGGCCGCGCAGCAAGCCGCGCAGCAGGCCGCACAACAGGCCGUCCAGCAACAGCACAUGCAGGCCGCGCAAGCAGCACAGGCUGCUCAGGCUGCCCAACAAGCUGCCCAGCAAGCUGUCCACUUACAGCAAAAUCCUCAGCCAUGAAAAUUCAGCUAUUACUAAUCCGAUGCGAUUUCGCCGCAAUAGAUGUAAUUUAGCACGUAAAUCUUAGGGGAAUUAUAAAGGGUGACUUUUGUAUUUUUUGGACGAUCAAAGUUUUUAGGCCGGAAUUUGAACGAAAUCGCCUCUGAUUGGUAAUUGUUGACAAUUGUUAUUUUACCGAGUUAGUUUUGGACUCUAAAGUGUUUUACGUUUUAAUUUUAGCCGGCAAAAGUAUACAAUUAUGAAAAAAAAACAUAUAAUUAUAAAGUAAUAACAUUAAUUUAGAUAGAACUAACUGUUGUAAAUAGGGAAACGUUUAGCGGAAACAAAUUUUACUGUAUAUAAUAUAAAAAAAAUAAAAAGUACCUAAAAUAGUUGAAUGAAUGAACAAAAAAAAAUAUGGAACAAAAACUCGCCCGAACAAGUAAUUAGAUGUAGACUUACGACAAAUAAUAUUACAGUGCAAUCUUCUAUUAUUUGUUUCGUUAUUAUUGAGUGUUUUUAUUAGACGUAUGUUAUAUUAUAUUUAUUUUUAUUAGCUUUACCACCAGAGCAGUGAAUUUCUUAGCUUAGUACAAACUUUUGAAUGUGCCAAACAGGUUUAUGCACGUUUUGUCGCAUUUAGCGAUGGUUUAUUGCAAUAUAAUUAGUUGCAUUAUGUUUCCAUAGGAUAUUUUAUUAAUAUUAUUAUUCAAUUUUAAUAAUUAUUUAUAUUAAU